CACAGCCAGGCGAGCUAAACCUCGAACGCCACUCCAAAGGCUAGUUAUGGCUCCGCGUCCUCUCUCUUCUGUCGCCGUCCUCCUCCUCGUCGCCGUCGCGGCCGCGUGGACUGGAGGCGCCGAUGGGUGCCCAGCGUCCGACCGCGCGGCGCUUCUGGCCUUCCGCUCCGCCCUGUCUGAACCGUACCUCGGGAUCUUCUCGUCGUGGAAGGGGAAGAACUGCUGCUCCCGGUGGUACGGCGUGAGCUGCGAUCCCACCACUGGGCGCGUAGCCGACAUUACCCUCCGCGGCGAGUCGGAGGACCCCAUCCUCGCCCGCGCAGGCCACUCCGGCGGCCUCAUGUCCGGCCGCAUCUCACCGGAGAUCUGCCUCCUGGACCGCCUCACCACCCUCAUCCUCGCCGACUGGAAGCAGAUCUCUGGGCCUAUCCCCCCUUGCAUCACCUCCCUCCCCCUCCUCCGCAUCCUCGACCUCGUUGGCAAUCGCCUCUCCGGCUCCCUCCCCGCCGACAUUGGCCGCCUCUCCCGCCUCACCGUCCUCAACGUCGCCGAUAACCAGAUUUCCGGCACCAUCCCAUCCUCCCUCGUCGCCCUUUCCUCCCUCAUGCACCUCGAGCUCAGUAACAACCAGAUCUCCGGCACCAUUCCUACCGACUUCGGAAACCUGCGAAAGCUCAGCCGCGCACUCCUCGGCCGAAACCGCAUCUCCGGCGUAAUCCCCGUAUCCGUGGGCCACAUGACUCGUCUUGCCGACCUCGACCUCGCCGAGAACCGUAUCUCCGGGGAUAUCCCCGCGAGCCUGGGGUUCAUGCCGGUACUAUCCUCCCUAUACCUCGACUCCAACCGGCUCACCGGCCACAUCCCAGCGGCGCUGCUCGCGAGCAGGGGGCUCAGCAUCCUAAACCUGAGCCGGAACGCCAUCGAAGGGGAGAUACCGGACGUGUUCGGCUACCGGUCAUACUACACGGCGCUGGAUCUGUCGUACAACCAGCUGAGAGGCAGCGUGCCGAAAACGCUGGUGACCGCGGCGUACGUAGGGCACUUAGAUCUCAGCCACAACCACCUCUGCGGGGCCAUCCCCGCCGGCUCCCCGUUCGACCACCUCGAGGCCGCCUCCUUCGCCAACAACGACUGCCUCUGCGGCGGGCCGCUGCCGGCUUGCCGGUGAGCCCGGCAUGGAGAUCCGGGCGACUGCUUCUUCGUGUUGUGUGUUAUUCUUGCUUACGAGUGUUAUUAUCAGAAGCGCAUGCACGUGAAAGUAAAACAGGGGGAGGGGAGAGAAUGUAUGUUAAUGUGUGAUGCUCUUUGUAGUUUUUACUUGGUGAGUGUGGGCAGCUUCUUUGGGUACUAACUGUGGACAAUAUCAUCGAUAUGAGUACAGCAGUCAAUUUAAAUUUGAUCUUCGGACCA